CCGGCCGACUGCCUCUUUGUUAUCGCCUUUCCUUUUCACCUGUCCCCACGCCAUCCAUUGAUCAUGUUCAUGACCCCUGAGCAGCCUCAUUUCACCCCGAGAGUGGACCGCCAACACACGUGGGUUCGGAUCCUACCGGCCCAUCCUAUCCGUACGGCCAAGCAGAACCUCAAAAAGGGCCACUCGGUUUCUCGGUUCUCGGCUGCGAUCCCCUCCCACCCUCCCUCUCUGACCUGCACACACACAUUGUUCUGGUGUGGCGGUCCAACUCCAACAUGAUGGCGUCGUUCUCUCACCGCAGUCGCUCCUUCUUGGCCGGUUUGGCCCUCACGUUCCUUUCCGCUUUCAGUUUUGUGUCUGCUUCUUCGGCCGACCGGUGCAACGGUAGCAUUUACGACUAUGUGGUCGUCGGCAGUGGGCCCGGAGGCGGCAUCGUCGCCAGCAACCUCGCCCAGGCCGGCCACAGCGUCCUGCUGAUUGAAGCCGGCCGCGACGCCAGCGACGAUGUCUCGACCUAUGUCAAUGCUCUCUACUACCCCCAAUCCCUGGACUUGCAGUGGUCGUUCUGGGUGAAGCAUCAUGAGGAUCCCGAGGCCGAGGGCCGCUACCGCCUGCUGACCUGGACGCUGCCCGACGGCUCGUUCUGGAUUGGGCCCAAGUUUCAGGCGCCCGCCGGCGCGACCCUCAAGGGUGUCUGGUACCCUCGUGGCGCUACCCUAGGCGGCAGUGCCAUUGUCAAUGCCAUGGCAUCUGUGCUUCCCAACGACGCGGACUGGAACAAGAUUGCCGAGCUGGCUGGUGAUUCUUCUUGGUCAGCUGAGAGCAUGAGGAAGAUUUUUGUCAAGAUCGAGAAGAAUCUCUACCUGCGGGCCAACGAGUCCAAAGAGGGCCAUGGCUUCGAUGGCUACCUGAAAAUGGGCCAGGGCGAUUCGAGCUACUAUCUGCAGGAGCCAGGCCGUCUUGCCUUGUUGUCUCACCUCGCAGAGGACCUCGUCGGUCACGCUGUGGACGAGGCCACGGCACUCGACCUCCUCGAGCGCGAUGCCAACUUCCUCGGCGCCUCUCGUGAUAAGUCGACCCAGCCGUACGGUCUCCCCAACCACAACAACAACAAGGGCCGUCGCUGGACUUCGCGCGAUCUUGUCAAGGACACCGUGGCCAAGACCCCCAAGCUCAAGCUGGCCCUCGAGUCCCUGGCAACCAAAAUUCUGUUCGACAAGAAAAACGGCACCCCCAAGGCCAAGGGCGUCGAGUACCUCGAGGGAGCCGGCGUGUACGGGGCUUCGUGGCAGUACAACAAGGCCACGGCCCCGAAGGGCACCAAGAAGCUCGCUUUUGCCCGCAAGGAGGUUAUUAUCAGCGGCGGUGUCUUCAACACGCCCCAGCUUCUCCAGCUCAGCGGCAUCGGCGACAAGAAGCUCCUGCGCUCUCUAGGCAUCCCCGUGGUCUCGGAUCUCCCCGGCGUCGGCGAGGGCCUGCGCGACAACCAAGAACUCCCCGUCGCCGGCCUCAGUCCCGUGAACAUCACCUCCCUGCCCGGCGAUCCCGGUUGGGCCAGCUGCACCUUUGGCGCCCCUGGUGACCCGUGCCUCGCCCAGUUUGAGCAGGGCACGGGUCCCUACACUCUGCCCAGCGGCAACUCCGAGUGCUCUUUCCUGAAGACGGACCACAGCCCUGAUGGAAACCGCGACGUCAUCACCUUUGCCCCCCCCGGCGUCUUCCGCGGCUUUUCCCCGCCAGCCAGCAACUUCCCCUUCGCCGACGGACCGCAGACCCUCUGGCGCAGCCUGGCGCGCAUGAACGUUCAGAACACGGCCGGCUACGUGCGCAUCAAGUCGACCGACCCGACCGACCCGCCCGAGAUUAAUAUCCGGCAGUACGAGUCGCCCCAGACGGGCGACGUCGACCUGGGCGCCAUGGUCGACGCCGUGGCCUGGGUGCGCCGCAAUAUGAUGUCGCUACCCGCACCCUACGGGCCUGUCGUGCCGACCGAGCCGCCGUGCAACGCCGGGCUGGACGCGAGGGGUUACUGCAAGGACCCGGAGGAGGACAGGAAAUUUGUGUACGAGCAGACUUUUGGACAUCACCCCGUCGGCACAUGCAAGAUUGGGAAGGCGGGGGAUAGGAUGGCUGUUGUGGACGGCAAGUUUAGGGUCUUUGGGGUUAAGGGGCUGCGCGUUGUCGAUGCGAGCGUUUUUCCUGUUGCGCCGGGUGGGUUCCCUGUCUUGCCAACUUUUAUGGUUGGCCAGAAGGGCAGUGAGGCCAUUCUUGCGGAUGCUUAG